CUUACCCAGCCAUGGGAGGGUCACAGGUCAGAGCCCGAACCUCCCGUGUCUCCAGCUAGCGAAGGAGCUCCUGGGUGAUCAGGAAGGCUUCCUGCUCCAAGGGUGGCCCUUCCCCAGGGUGGCCCCUGAUUCCGCAAGGGGACAAUGGAUUCUGGAGCUCGCCCAGUUGCCAGCUGCUGUAGCAGCCCUGCAGGACUGUCCCGAGAGUACAAACUAGUGAUGCUGGGCGCUGGUGGUGUGGGGAAAAGCGCCAUGACCAUGCAGUUCAUCAGCCACCGAUUCCCAGAGGAUCAUGAUCCCACCAUUGAGGAUGCUUAUAAAAUCCGGAUCCGCAUUGAUGAUGAGCCUGCCAAUCUGGACAUUUUGGAUACAGCUGGACAGGCAGAGUUUACAGCCAUGCGGGAUCAGUAUAUGAGGGCAGGAGAAGGGUUUAUCAUCUGUUACUCUAUCACUGAUCGCCGAAGUUUCCAUGAAGUUCGGGAAUUUAAACAGCUUAUUUAUCGAGUUCGACGUACUGAUGAUACACCUGUGGUUCUUGUAGGAAACAAAUCUGAUCUAAAACAGCUAAGACAGGUUACCAAGGAAGAAGGAUUGGCUCUGGCCCGAGAAUUUAGCUGUCCUUUUUUUGAAACGUCUGCUGCAUACCGCUACUACAUUGAUGAUGUUUUCCAUGCCCUUGUACGAGAGAUACGUAGGAAAGAAAAGGAGGUGGUACUGGCCAUGGAGAAAAAAUCUAAACCCAAAAGCAGUGUUUGGAAGAGGCUGAAAUCACCAUUCCGGAAGAAGAAAGAUUCAGUAACUUGAAGGGAAGAUGAGAAGUGUUUAUCUGUGAACUGCAUUGUUUAAUCCCCACAGUCCAGUAAACUGCAAUCAUGAGCAUGGUAUUUGCUCUUUCUCCUGUUAUGACUGUUGUUUUUAAAUGCAACUGAGGAGGGGAAUUAUGUCUACUAGGAAUUUCAAUGAUUGAUAUUUAAAGUAUUAUCUCUUAGAUGAUUCUGAUUUAUUAACCCAGUGGAGUACUGUCUGCUUUUAAGUUGUUACAUUAGAAUUUGAUAUAUCAUUUUUUGAGUUAUGUUGCUGAUAAUUAACUAGUGCAAAUUGUUUAUACCCAAGAGAACAUGUAUACCAUAUGUAUUUGAUUAAGUUCACAAGAAAAAUUUUGUGCUGUA